AUGAGGAACUGGUCGGAGUUGCCACUAGAAAUUAUUCACAUGAUCUCUGCGCGAAUCGACAACCCCUUCGAUCUGAUCCAUUUUCGAUCGGUAUGUUCAUGGUGGCGAUCCUCUAGUCUUCCCACAUUCCGACCAAUUCCAUCACUUAGAUGUCCUCUUCCUCCAGAUGUCGGGGGCUGCGGAGAUGACUGUCAUAUCUUAAGGAGUCGUGUUUAUCUAAUCACGUCUCUUUCUAGCGUUCCUCACCGGUUUUGGUUGUUUAAGCUACAAGAAGAAGAGAAUGGAGAACUUGCUUUGCAAUGGUUGUUCAGUAGAAUCACCUCCUCUACGUGUGGAGGUUCAUAUCCAAGUCUAUCACUUGACUUGCUCAACUCUCAAGUCAUUGAGCUAGCUCAAGAACAUGUCGCUCGUUACACCUAUUGGUCCGACCUAUUUGAUGAUGAGGGUUAUCCGAGUAACGGUGAAGACCGUAUUGGCUUUGUGCAGUUAGAUCCAGAGAACAAGGAAUUUAUGAUUUUGGGAACGCUCUUCUCCCGGGGCCUUGGCAUGUAUAGGUCAUAUGAGGAGCGUUGGACCGAGAUCAAGACAACACCAAAUAUAUUUCUAGAAGCGUUAGCAUCGUUUAAUGGACAUUUUUAUUCCAUAGAAAGAACCGGACUGAUGAAAGUGGUAAAGCCAUCUUUAGAAGUGAAUUCGUUUCACCGGUCGAGGCCUUGCGAUAAGACAAGGAAACGUUGGCUUGUCAAGUCCGGAGACAAACUUCUACUAGUAGAAAUGUGCACCGAGACCCGAAACGAGUAUUUCACACCAAGUCUCCUAGAGGAAAAGGGAUGGUUCGAGGUUUCGGAGUUAGACGAAGAGCGAAACGAUUGGAUUCAAGUGGAAGAUGUAGGUGGUCGCGUCUUGUUCUUGGACUUCUAUUGCUCUUUCUCUUGCCUGCCUACUCAGAUUCCGGGUUUCAGACCCAACUCUAUAAUCUUCGUCAAUAUUUUUGGAGGUUAUGAACAUGAUCGUUAUCAGGUGUAUGAAUUUGGUAAGCAAGGGUUUCGAUCAUUGGGAGAUAUCUCCGAGUAUGUUCAGCUUUUCCCAUCUCCCUUAUGGAUAAUCUCCAACGCAUGAUUUGAUUAUCACAACAAAAGCGAACAUGUUUGCGUCAUAAGAUAGGUUGGUUGGUAUAUCUUAUAGAGCAUAGUCAAGAUUGAACUAAAGUUUUAUACGAAAUCACUUAAACAACUUUAAGAAUUGUGUCAAGUAAAUAGAUGUAAUGUUUUAAUUAAUAAAGCGGACACAACAGUGUAAUAAGACAAA